GCGCAAGGCAGGCAGGCAGGGCAAAAGAGCCUCUUCUCUCUCUUUCUCCUUCUCUCUCUCUCUCCCUCCCUCCCUCUUUCUCUUUCUGACUCUGUCUGUAUCUGUCUGUCUCUCUCGUUCUCUCGCCACGCCAAUCCAUGAAAAUGCUUUGGAAACUGACGGAUAAUAUCAAAUAUGAGGAAUGUGAGGUAAGCGCUUUCCCGCGGCUGGGGCACAUAUCAGAGAGGAUCUCCCGGUCCCCCGUCCCCCAAUCCGUCCAGCCUUCCCCACCCCCGCUCCACCUAACAAACAAACAGAAAACCCAGCUGUUUGGGGGAAGCACCUUGCAACAGCUAGCGAUGCCGUUGGAAGACCAACUUCUGCGCUAGGCGACCGAGCAGACUUCGCAGCUGGAGAGAGGGCGUCUGUGGUGGGUUUAUACCUGGGUGCCAGGUGGAGGAGGCUACACGUUGAGGAAGGAAGGGGGUGCUUAGGCAGGGUGGGGGUGGGAGAAUCGACCUCCUCGGCCCAAGGAGACCAGAAGGAGAUAGGAAGCGGGUGGGGUGGGAGGAGGAAGCCCAGGCAGAUCUCUCCACCAGUGCUGAAACAGUUAUUGAGGAGAGGAGGGGGAGAAGAUGGAAUGGAUGAGUAAAACGAAUGAAUGAGGACGAGCGAGACGACCCUUCUGAGUCAGCAGAAGGAGCCCCAAGAUGUCCUAAAGAGAUCUGCCCCUGAUAGAGGUCUUUUUGAGCUACAAGUUCUGCUGAGGCGCACUGAGCGACUUUUUUCUCUGGUUUGGACCGUUGUCACUUCCGCGUCAGAUCUUGCUGGCUGCUCUUCUCCUCGCUCUCCUCAGCCAGUUGGUGAGGGUUUUAACGACUUGCUGGGCUUUUAAGAGCACGCCUUUCAAACUCCAAAAGCCUCCUCGAAGGCUAUUGGGAGAUGCUCCUCGCACAGGUAGUGUGGAGGAGAGACAGAAGCAGACCAGGGGUGCCUUCUGCGCGCGGUGGCAGAGAAGAUGCUUACUCGUUCCUUCGCUUUACAAGACUCUUGAUAUUUAUUAGAGGUAUAUAAAAUGUAACUAGAGAUGAUGUUGGAGGUUGAUGAAGGAGACGGAGAGAUGCAUAUAUGUGAUGUCUGAUGUUGAUUAUUAUUUUUUGAAAGCCAGAGAGAUAGGUGCAUAGACAGGCACAGAUGGAUAGGUUAAACCGCUAGGGUGACCUCAAGGAUGCUUUUCAAAUAAACGCAUCUCAGAGUGGUUGUGUACAAGAGCUGUACUGUUGAAUACUUUAAAAUAUUUGUUUCCCUGGUGGGAUUUGGUGCUUCAAAACUCUGUUUUGCAAGUCUUUCUUGUCUAUCUCAAUCCAACGGUUUGGUGAGCAACACAUUAUUUCUCUCUGCGCGCACACACAAACACACACAAAUACACGCACACUUCCUUAAUUCUGUGCACAGAAUAGAAUCUGACAAGCGCCAGCCUGGAAGAUUAAUUAAGAAAACAAAUGUGGGUUGGUGCUGAGAUUUAUGGCUCCUUUGGAGAGGCGAGCCUGUCUACAAAUGUCAGAAACUGAGAGUAGGCGGCAUGCAGAUCUCAUUCUCACUUUCUCUAAAGAAUGGAAAAGGAUGUGUGGUUCUCUCCCUCUUUUUCACCCACCCGUCCGGAAAAAAGCCGUUUUAGGGCGAAAGCCGUUUGCUUCUCAGUGUCGAAGCGAAGUGCACGUGCGGUUGUGGAUAUGCUUGGAAAUGGCUUGUGUUGCUUCACAUGGAGCUGAUAAACAAACCAAUCCAGUGGUGAGGCUUCCAGAGCAGGCGAGGGUGGUGUGUUUGGAGAGCUGUGAGUGCUUAGGCGCGAUUUUCUUCUGUUAAGAGAAGGUAUCGCUACGGUUAGGGCGGUGGCACAACGCUUGAAGCUGACUAGCAGCUCUUGAAAUGGACUAGCAACGCAAUCCUAGACGUGCGCGCAAUCCUAGACAUGCAUGGAAGUAAAAUAGGGUUUGCUCCCAGGUCACCCGGUGCAGAAUUGCAGCUUAUGGCUGCAGUGACACCCGCCCACUUACGCAGAAGUAAAUCCCAUUGAUCCUAGUGGGAUUCACUUCAGGUAAACAUACAUAAUGUACUGAGUGCUCCAGAGUUCGGAGGAGAUGGGCUUGAUUUCAAUUUUAUUGCUAAAGUCUGUCUGUGUGCGGCAGCAGCUUCUGGAACGCGGUAGUGCUCUCCAGCUGGACUAAACUUGCUUCGGCGUUUGCUUAAUGCGCUUGGCUUCGGAUGGCGCCCCAAAUCGCCCAUGCAGCAAUUUGGAGACAUAAGCAAUCGUAAGAGAGGGUGUUUCGGCGGUGAAGCUACAGUUCUUCUGCUUUUCUCUAUAUGGAAAUAGAAAGUCGGGAGGUAACAGGCUUACAAAAGCUGAAGGUGCAUGCUUCUCUCCCCGCCCCCCCGCCCCCUUAUCCUUCUCCACUCCGCGAGGUGCGCUCUCAGGGAGUUUUGCAGGGACAUGCUCGGUCGGCGGCGGAGCGCCUGUUGUUAUGAUAAGUCGGCAGCAGCAGCAGGAAAAGUGAAGCAUGCCUGUCACCUCCCAGGAUUCACUGGCUGCGAGUUGCCCAGCCAGUUGAGCGGGUUGGGCCGAGCCUGGGAGCCCCAGCUUGUCCGGGCCAGCCAAGCGCCAGUCGCCUCCCUUUUUCUUUCCCUCCCCUCCCCCCCGACAGUCUUCACCACCCCUUUUCCACGAUCCUCAGCCCCAAAGGGGGGGAAAAAGGGCUCCGCGGGGUUCCCGAGAGUAGCUCCGCCGCCCCGAUUCCGGUCCCCUCCGCCGCCACAACCUCUGGGAGAACGGAGCUCCGAAAGGGCGGCGGAGAUUCCACGCGCGGAGCAGGGAAGGCCCUUCCCCUCCAGCCCGGGGCUCCGGCGAGGCCCUGUUGCUGCCGCCGCCGCCUCGGGCCCUCGAGCCAUGGACGUGACGCAGCAGGACGCCGCCGGAGCCGAGCCGCCAGGCCCAGGAGAGCCGGGGCAGCUGAAAGGAGGCGGCGGCGCCGAGGCGGGCUCCUCCGAGAGCGGCUCCUCGCGGAGCAAGAGGGCAGCUGGAGACGCGCAGCUCUUGGCGCUGCCCUUCGACGGCGCGGCCUUCGCCCAGCCUCCGCCGCCCGAGGUGCGCCCUUCUUCGCUUCCCUGCCGCCCCAGGACCUUGCCUGGGCCUUAGCCGGCCUCCCUCGCUCCUUCCACGAUUGCCCCACCGGGCCCAGGUCUCCUCUUCCCCUGCCUCCUCGCUGCUCUCCUCGUCGGGCCGUCUCUUCCCUCUCGCAUCUUCCUCGUUCACUGCCUUCCUGCCUUCCCCUCUCAGUCUCUUUCUCUCUCUCUCUCUCUCUCCCCCCCCGAGAUUCCCCUGCUGCCCCCUCCCCAAGUUCACCCCAAGCCCCGUAACCCACCCGGGACCUUUCCCCCGGCCUGCCGCUUCUUUCCUUCCCUUUCCCACGCGCGCUGCCCGCUCCCUCCCUCUCUACUUACCCCUCUGCCCUUCCUUCUCCUAUCCACUGGCCUUUCUUCUCUCUCUCUCUCUCUCUCCCCCCCCCCCCGCCUGCCUGCCUGCUCCCACCCUCUUGCUUCUGCCUGGCUCUCUCUCUCUCUCUUUCACUUCUUCAUGCCCUACAACCUUUUAAAAUGUUGCCCCUUUCCUGUGAUUCGUCAGACGCGGCGGCGGCGGCGGCGGCGGCAUGGCUCUCUCUCUCUCCCUCUCCCUCCCCCCCUCCCCUCGCUCUCUUUUUGUCUCUCCCUCUCUCUCGGUCCUCUCCCCCCCCCCCUUCUCUCGCUCCCCCUCCCCCCUCUGAUUAGAUACACUGAUUCUUCAUUCAAUGGACGUCAUUUAGAACAGCCUCUGCCUUGAGUUGCUUCCUCGCUUCACGCUCGAUUUCCAGCCAUUCUUCCCUUAUUAAGUAUUCGUGUAAUAUUAACAGUCAUGAAUAUCUGCUAUUAGGACUCUCGAGGAAAGCGAGCCGCAGAUCUCUCCCUCCCUCCUUCUCUCUUUCUCUCUCUCUCUCUUAUUAGGAGCUCACGUGAAGCAGUCGGAGAGGGAGGGGGAGAGAGAGAGAGAGAGAGGUGUGUGGGGGCAACGCACCACACACGCACACACGGAUUAAGGAACACACACACACACACACACACACACACACGCAACUUUGCACCGCAAUAGCACCGCCGGAUCCGGCUCUCCCUCGCCUUUUUUUCGCCGCUGCAGAUCGCCGGGCGUUUGGGUCAAGUUCUGAUGGAUUUGAGUCGCGCCGCGUCCCCAGUGCUGCUCGCGGACCAGCCUGGGCGUUGGGCACUUGGUGUAGUCACAGUCUAGACCUGGGCUUCUUCUCCUCCUUUUGUGCGUGUGUGUGAGUGUGUGAGAGAGGAGAGGAGAGGGCUAGGGAGAGCGCGCUGCUCGCGUGCGGGAGAGACAGAGAGCAAGAGACGCAGGCAGCGCGAGAGAGCCCGAGAGCCAGAGCUAAAAAGAGCCGACUUUUCUCUGCCUUUUUGUUUUUCUCCUGUGCCCUGACUUGGUCCCCCCGAAUCCGCGCAGAUGUUAGUUCACAGUUUCUCAGCGAUGGUGAGUGGCUUUCUUAGCAUUCUCUAUCGGGGGCUGGCGGGGUGGCGGGGUGGGUUGGUCUUGCUUGUGCCUUUUCUCAGUCUUGCUUAUAUGUGUGCGUGUUUCACAUCCUGCCAGGGUCUGUCUGUCCUCUGUGUCUUUCCUCCUUUUUUAUUUUUUUAUUUCGAGAAUACAAAAAACCCCCCAACUUAUUUAUUAUUGCGUUGGCUGCUGCAAGUUAACUACAGAAAUCCUCGUUUCCGCUUCCAUGCCCGUCUAUUGUGUUGGUGUUUUUGUCCUGUUCUGUCCCUUCCCGUUUUCCCGGCUGGAUUUCACAUCUUUUCCGCUCCUCUCUUUUUCCCGGGGAUCAUUACGCUCCUUGAGAGAUUGAAGUCGAAGGCAUUUAACGACAUCUUUCUUAUAAUUCCCAACUGCCGCCCUCGCCCGUCCCCCCCGCCUUUCCAUUUCUGUGGCUGUUAAUUUCCUUUAGUCGUACCUGUGGGCUAUAAUUUCAUAACUUUCCAAGUCCCAAUUGCACGCCGGCAAAACCAUUUACAUUUUCGUUCCUCUUUCCCCACGCGCUUUAUUUUUAUUUUUGUUUUCUAGUUAUUCGCCUUAAUUUUUGGACAUUUCAUUAUUUUAUGAAGAAUGUGUGUGCAUAUGCAAUAUAUGUAUGUAUGUAUGUAUGUAUAGUGUGUGUGUGAUAUUUUAUAUUAUAUCACAGUUCCAACUAACAAAGCAGCACAUUUUUUAUGAGUCGUCAAUCUUUUUUCUUUCUGCAAAUGACUUAUCCAAACCCACAUUUUGAUCAUAUUUAUGGACGCGCUUUGAAGGAAUAGCAGCUCUUUUGGGUGACGUUGCCCUGGGAAUGCGACGACGAUACAGGUCCGCUUCUGCACCAUUUACAGUCGUUCCCAUUUAAAAGUUCCAGGCAGAUGAGAGUCUUUUUCGUAAAUGGUGUGGGAACGCUUUGGAUGGGUGGGGGUGGGGAGAAAGAUAGGCUGAAUUUUCGAAUGACAAAAAACCCAAAUCCCCUCUAAGAUUUUCCCCGCCCUCGGAUCUGCCGUCAGCGUACGGAUUUGGUUGGUUUUUCUAUUUAUGAUUUCCCUUUUGUUGUAAGGAAUUUCAACGCCUUUCCGUUUGUAAGAUGCUUGGAACCAAAUGUUUGCAAAUCGCAUCCUUUGUGUGUGUGCGUUGGGUGUAUAAUGGGGGGUGUGCGAGGCCUUCAAACCGUCCUGAUUUUGAUCUCCUCUCUCUUUCUCUCCCCCUCUUUUUCCUCGUUCCCCAGGACCGUCACGAUGGCACCAGCAACGGGACAGCCCGCCUACCCCAGUUGGGGAGCGUGGGCCAGUCGCCCUACACCAGCGCCCCACCGCUCUCCCACACCCCCAACGCUGACUUCCAGCCCCCCUACUUCCCGCCGCCGUACCAGCCCAUCUACCCUCAGUCCCAAGACCCCUAUUCCCACGUUAACGACCCCUAUAGCUUGAACCCUCUUCACGCCCAGCCCCAACCCCAACACCCAGGCUGGCCGGGACAGAGACAGAACCAGGAAACGGGGCUUUUGCACACCCACCGAGGACUUCCGCACCAGCUCUCCGGCUUGGAUCCGCGAAGGGAUUACCGGCGGCAUGAAGAUCUAUUGCACGGACCUCAUGGCUUGAGCUCAGGACUAGGAGACAUCCCCAUUCAUUCGAUACCUCACUCUUUAGAAGACGUACCGGUAAGGAGAACUCCGCGCCUGUAUCCUCGCGGCGGCUGACACCAGCAAUGCCUCGUUCUCCGGCCUGCGAUGCGCACAUCCCGCGCGCCCUCGGGCUGGUGGAUGGGACUUGCGCUGGGCGCAUCCAGCCAAAUGACCGCAGAGAAAGGCAGCGAGGCGAUGGUGUCUCUCCAUCCGUUGGCAACCGGACGGCUUUAAUCGCGCCAGCGUCUCCCCUGCAAAAAAUAGAAUAAUAGUAGUAAUACCCAGCACACAGUAAUAGUUGUUUGCAUCUGUCCCUACCACUGCAUUGAUGGGGAGUUGAGAGGGAGACGCACCAGGAGAGAAAUAAUUCAGCCAAAAUCAUCCUUGACGGUUUUUUCCCCAUGCCCAAUGACAAUGAGUGGGAACUAUAGGGAAGGCCGUGCAGUAAUAAUAAUAAUAAUAGUAGUAGUAGUAAUAGUAGUAGUAGUAGUAGUAAUAAUAGUAGUAGUAGUAGUAGAAUUAAUGUGAUCCUCGGGCCUUGCCUUCGGUAGGAUCCUAGAUGUCUUGGGAAAGCAAUCAGUCGACCUAAACAUGCCUAAGGCUUCAUGCAUUUCUCGGUCGGGAGAAGAAAGGGAGCCUGCAAAAUGAAUUGGAAAUCAACACCAAACCAUUAAAAACAAAACAAAAACCCCACGUUAUUCCGGACUGAAGAAUUGGCAUAGUCUGAAGUGGUUAGCCAGGCGGAUGGAAGAAAGAGAAUGCAUUAUUUUUGGGUGUGUUUUUUAAAAUGAAUGUCGUUUAUUCGUUGGGGGGUGAGGAGGAACUAGUAGCUAACAACAGAUAAGUAGUCAUAUUCUGACCAAUAUCUUUUAGUACCCUGAAUAUCUGCUGCCCACUCUCUGGAGUUGGGCUCUCUUAAUCGUUGGGGAAGAUUUCUCACGAAGCCCGGCGUUCGGGUCUCGGCCCCUUUGCAAGCGAAGAGGGCCAUUGUCCGCGGGGAAGCACCUUACGUGCUUGUCUCCAAAGGGGAACUCACCGUCAGAGGUCCCCUUGCCUUCUGGCUCCCCGGCUGAAAAGAGUAUUUGAGUAGGCCAGUAAUAUUAUGCAAGGCUCAUUAUACCAGGCAAAAAGCAUUUGCGGGGGGAGGGGGAGGGCUGGGGCUGGUGGCUGGUAGAAGCAGCUCCUGGUAUCUGGAUGUGAUUUUUGCUGUUGUUGCUAAAACGCCACCCCAAAUUACAGGAUCAAAUAUUAUAACAAUAUGUCCACUGACAGUUUAAUGAUUUACAGUUUCAUGUUGCAAGGAUAAUGUUCCGAUGGGUUCACCUAUUUGGGGGUCAUUUUGGAAGCCUUUUAUUCCUUCCCGGUUUAGUAAAUCAUACUUGGAGGUGGUGUUGAAUAGGGGAUUUCGUGACAUCCCGCCCUCCCUACGAAACCGAUUCUUACCUUCAGUUGUUUUGCAACAAACGCAUGCAUUCCCGUGUGUGGGAAUUUAGGGAACGGUUGGGGAUGAAAAGAACAGAACAAUACGCAAAGCACGUUUGGGACAGGCUGCGGUUCUUAAAAAUACUUCUCUGUAUGGAAACGCCUUUUAAAUGGCCGGGAUCUACUUUCAAGCGAAAGGAGUACAGUUGAAACCAAUGGGACUUCCCAACACAUGUCAAGAUGUAAACGAUUUUGAAGCUAGCAGCUGGGGUUUCGGUUCUUGCAAGGAACAUGAGCUAAAAUAUAUUCCUCUUUCGGAAUUUCGUUUUGGUUCAAAGUGUAUUGCAAAGCGCAAAUUGCAUUUGAAUGAUAAAUACAUCCCAUUUUAUUCCCUGCUCUGGCAAGAGAUGACUUAUCGUUGGCAUGUUUUCAGAAAAAUCAGUUGCCAGUUAGUUUAAAUUCCCACUCCUCACGCCCUCCCUUAAACUGAGCCGGAUCCACAACCCAGUUAAGCAGGAGACCUUGCUUUGAGUUGUGGUUCCAUUAAGCAGAGAAAAGUGGCAUGAAACUGCUUUGGCAAUUGAACACACACACACACACACACACAGAGAGAGAGAGAGAGAGAGAGAUCGCUUGUGGGGUUGGUUGUGAAUUCUUUUAUCAAGAAAUGUGGGUCACAGAAAAAGGGUCGUUUUCAGUGUCCCCGUUGCUGCCGCAGUUAACCUUUCCUAGGAGCGGCUCCUCGGUUCUGAAGACAUGCUAAGUCGAGGGCGAGAAUUAUUUAAGCAUAAAUAUCUCGGCGGGAUUUUAAAACCUAACAGUCGGUGGCUUGCGUGGACUCCAUAUAGGUAGAGGAAUCAGACAAAUAAAAACGUUACGCCCCACUACAUUUACUUUAUGGGUUUGGGGCCUCCUGCUUGAAGGGAUCAUAUUUCCCUAUAUAGUUAAAAAAAAAAAAAAAGACCCCCAAAGAAAACUGCAGCGUUAGUCAUUUCUGAACAUUUCUCAAUUUAAUUAUGCUCAAAUCCAGAAGCACUUUAGGCAAGUUACAAAUGAGAGCAUUGAGUACAAUAAAACCCGUAAUAAAGCAACUUCGUACCAUCCACCCGGAAUCAUUGAGAUCAGGCACAAUUAACAGGAGCAUAAAUCCAAGGCAGAAUGGAAAAUGUUAGGCUCGGUAUUAUUGCUGGACAGAGACAGAGAAGGAAGGGGGAAAAGGGGGUUUGGGGGUAUCUCUGCGCGCCUGUCUUUUGAACGGCGGCCGGUCGCCUGCAAUUUUUGCAACGCGGCCGCGAAAUGUUCUAUAUCUCAGCAGCGCUAGUGCUAAUUUGUAAACACAGACAGACACAUUAGAUAGACUGUCAGGUUGGGAAUUAGAAAACAUGAUUUUCAUUUUACUUUCUAAUCACGUUUCGAAGUCGAGGGCGCGCCUCGCGGGCACGCGGGCACACACACGCGCGCAAAUCCAUCUGUAGGAGAAUUAAAAAGGCAUCAGCCGAAUCUGCUAGUGGACAAUAGAGCCGCGAGCGAGGCUUCAUGUUCUUGGGUUAUUCAGCUAAUAUAAAGCUGGCUUCCUUUCCCCUCCAGUUGGUUUCCCCCUAAAAAAUCUCCUCACCUCUGUGCCUCCUUCCCAAACGGAUUAUUCUGCUUCUUCUCCCUGGUUUCCAUUGUAUUUCCCCCUCUGUUCUCUGUGCCCAGUGGUGGCACAAAAUUACCAUUCUGAAAUCUCCAAAUCACUUUUAAUCACUUUUUUUUUUUAAUACUGCAAGACUAAGACACGAGUCCUGUGCACAUUUCCUGGGGACACAAUUGCAACUUACUUCCGAGUAAACAUGCAUAAGAUUCCGUUGCGUGGCUUCAAAUAGACGCCCAUAUUUGUAGCCAGCGGGUGUUACUUGCGAGUAAAUAUGUUCAGCGUCCCCCUGCACAGGCUGCAAUCGAGUGCAUGCGUUUUUGGAAGUAAGUUGUACUGAAACCGAUGUGGCUUUACUGUCGAGUAAACGUAGUGAAAAGAUUGAGCUAUUAAUUGUAAGAUUCCAACAGCCCAGCCAAAUGCCCCAUCCCGAUUAGACCUGGGGGCUGUGGUUAAAAUAUUGUUUUCCCCCUUUUGUUAAAUCCCUGCACGAUAAUGCAUCGAAAUGAAACAUUUCCGCACUGCAUAUAUAUCUAUAUCUGUUUGUGUGUUUUGGAUCCAAGUACCGUAAGGCAGAAAUAUCAGAAAAAGAAAGAAAGAAAGAAAGAGAAAGAAAGAAAGAAAGAAAGAAAGAGAGAGAAGCAGCUUCGUAACAUGUUUCUUUUGGUAUGUUUAAAUAUUCACAUCCUUGCGUAUCCCUUUUGUUGCAGCACGUAGAGGACCCGGGUAUUAACAUCCCAGAUCAAACUGUAAUUAAGAAAGGUAAGCCAUUUCCUUUAACAUUCCAGGCAUGUCCUCACAAGCUCGGUGCUGUUGCGGAGAGAACUUGAUAAAGCCAUUGUUCCCCUCCCCUCCUCACCCCCUUCCAUGUAAUUCACAACAGGCUUUUGAAAGUGGACAACGACAUGGACAGUCCUGGUUGCAAACCACCUUUCACGCGAGCCCAAACGCGCCGUGAUUUUUGUAUGUGUGCGAUUAUAUUCUCUCUCUCGAACGGAUCCAGGUUUUAAUUCUUCCUAAUAAUCCCAUUCGCGGUUAGGAACUGACUUCGAAUUUCUACAGUGAAAUUAUCUCUCGUGACCAGAACCCCGCACCAACCCUUUCCAGACCCUAGUCUCUCUGUCUCUCCCCCCCCCAACCCCCACGGCGGACUUCAGGUUUAUGAGAUUGUUCUGAAUUGUUUAUAUCAGUAGGCUUUGUUGUAGCAAGCGAGCUAAGGAUAUGGGAAGGGGGCUUUGGUGUCGUCUCCGCGGCGGUGGCUUCCGCUUGUUUCUGGAAUAGUCCCUCCCGGGUUGUUGCUGCUGCUACUGGUUCUUAAUGGUGUGCUGUCGUUGGGUGUCUAGAAGACAGAGUGCUCUCAUUCCCAGCCCCUUUCAAAUGACUUUGCAAGGGGGUUGAUGGGCUUGGGCUUUCCUUUCUUGGUUUCUCAGUGUUGGCAAGGGAGCGAAACGAUGGGCUCCCCUUUUGGGUACUGCUCGGAAGACGGCUGUUGGAGAGAGUGAAGCUCUCUCCGGGUUGAGCGCUUGGCUGUUAUUCGCUGGGAAAGGGGCGCGUGUUUGCCUUUGCUCUAGCGGAGUGUCUGGGUAUUUUAGGCACCGCCAGGGUCUGAUGCUCUACAAAGCUUUGGAAACCUCAGCACUGCCACAGUGAAAGCUAAAGUUUCACCCACCCCCCACCCCCCUCAAUCUGGGGAGCUUUUGUCACGUCAAAUUAGAUGUGCAAGGAAUAAAUCUUAAAGAGAUGCUCUUUCCGAGUCGACAUGAUAAUUGGCUCUUUUAUUAGUAAUCUCAAGAGUUCGUUUAACUCCUAUUGUCUCUAUUAGCCUCCCCAGAGCUAUUAAUGUCACAAGUGAUCUAUCCAAAACCUAGAUAUCCCCCCCUCCUCGCUCCACCCUUUAACAUUUGGAUUAGGCCCACUAAAGUGAGGAUGUGAAACGGGGGUGGGAUUGGGAACGAGGGGAAGAAGCAGAUGAUGACAAAAGAGUAAAUAUUUAUAGUGUAACCGGCCUGGAACGUGAGCACAGCGCCCAUCGCAUGCAAAGGCAGCUGCCCUUAUUUUUUCACUUAUGCUUAGCCAAGUUGGGAAACGAAAAAUAAGGCUUGCUGAGUUUUGUGCUGGUCCUGGAUAUCUCCUAACAAAGCCCUAGAUCUUUCUGUCUCUUAAGGGGAAAGAUAUGAAGGCGGCAGCAGGGAGGUGGUUUGUUUUUGUUUUCUUCCCAUUUUGAGAAGCAGCUCUUUAAGGAUCUAGGAAGUUUCUGUUUUCCUAUUUUGUUUUGGCUGCGUGCUUCUUCUUCUUUUAAACAAAGCGCUCCACUGUCAUGUUCUUUUGACGAUAGAAACCGCCUCCCUUGUUUCACGCUUCCCAGUGUGAAAAGUUGCACGCAGAGGGGCUGCGACACUCGGCCCAGUUUAUUUGAAACACUUGGAGACAGUGUGUGUUGGGGAAGCGGGGAGGCUACUCUAGAACAAUGGCACGCUUAGAUGUUCCAGAACCGGCUAAGGUGCAUUGUUUGAACGUCUCCCUUUUAUCUCUAAAAGGAUGAAUGUAACAUCUCUCUGUGUGUGUGAUAUAGCGAGUAUGGUAAGUGUUCAUCAGGCUACCAGCUUGAGAACAUUAAUUUGGCUCCAAGUUCCAGCGAGAUCCAUAGGACUUAGAUGCCCCUGGAACCGUUUAGCAGAUGAGAGGCAAUUCCCCGUAAGCUCCGCCCCCUCCUCACCGCUCGACACAACCCCCGCUUCUGAUUGGCCUUUCCCCCGAAGGGGGCGGGCGGAGAACAAACCAGCCCAGACGCUCGCCUUGUCGGUGUCCCUGCCUCAUGCCAGCUCCUUUAAAGAAGCUUAAUUCAGUUCAAGGCAUAGUCAAUAUACAUCGGGAUGCAUCAGGCUUUUAAGCCAGAGAUUGCGAGCCCCUUGAGCUUUCACCUCCCCACCCUCCCCACAAUGUCUCCCCGCCCCCAGAAACAAAACAAAACAAAACGUGGCGUGCUCUGUAAAUAACAUCUUGGGUUGAGUCAGCUGGUGCAGCUGCUUGUUUGCCUGUUUAUUCGGUGGCAUUUCAGAACAGGCGGCGGAGUCUGGGCUUUCAGGCCUUCGUGUCGUCGUCCCCCAUUCCCUCUCUCUCCUCGCAUAGGAGCCAAUAAAAUCUCCGAGAUGGGCAUGGUCAUUCAAAUGGUGUGCAUGUGCCGUGUCCUGUGAUCGAUUAUGUGGGGGGUGGGGCUAACCUGCCCCCGCUCCCCCGAGUAUUUUAUUCGAGUUGGCACUCCUGCCUCCUCCUGUGCGGGAAGGAAGGGAGAAAACGGCUUCUCUCAGCCUUCGGCCUUCAAAGUAAAAAAAAGCAAGGGGGUAGGAGGAAGUGGUGCUUGGAGCUGGGGGGGGGGGGGAGAAAGAAAGAAGCAGCCGCCAGUCAGCCGCCCCCGGGGUUUUCCAGCGUCCCUUGGCGCGGAGGACAGUGCCUGAGGGGGCUCCGCUUCUUGCCCGCCAUAGUGGUCGACCAAGCGCCCCCCUCCUCUUCAUCCCUGUCGUCUUCCAUCUGCCGCCACCUUUCCUGGCUUGUUGUUGUCGUCUUCUUCCCCGCCCCCCCCCACCAUGAAGUUUAUCCCGAGGCAGCCCCUCCCCCCUCAGGCUGCUGGCAGCUGCUAAUCCCCUCAGCAUUUGUGCACUAACGCGGCUCUCCCUCCCCUCGCCCUCCCCUCUUCCUCUCCUACCCAACCCGCUCCCCCUUCCCGGACUCUGCAGGCCCCGUGUCCCUGUCCAAGUCUAACGCCAACGCCGUCUCCUCCAUCCCCAUCAACAAGGACACGCUCUUCGGCGGCGUGGUGAACCCCAACGAAGUCUUCUGCUCGGUGCCCGGGCGCCUGUCCCUCCUCAGCUCCACCUCCAAGUACAAGGUCACGGUGGCGGAAGUGCAGAGGCGCCUGUCCCCGCCGGAGUGCCUCAACGCGUCUCUGCUGGGCGGAGUGCUUCGGAGGUGAGGCAGCCCGAGUCGCGGGAAACUAGGCCGGGUGGUGGGGCGGGAUCUCUUUUUGGAGGGAAGGGAGCCGAUUGGAAGGGACUGUGCGCGCGACUUGAGGUGGUAGCGCCCCGUCCAAUCACUUGCUCGCCAAAGGGCGCCACUGUCCGCAAUUCUGCCAGUGCUUAAUUCCCAAGCCCCGAGGCACCAUUGUUCAGUGUGCAUCCCCUUAGGCUAGAAACCUAGGCAGAUCCUCCACGGUGCCUUGGGUUAGUCAGAAGGGAAGGGGAAACUGCUCUUGCUUGUGUUGUCAGUGAUGCUCCACACUCUGCAGGGUCACAUUCAAGAAGAGACCAGAGCAGGUGCUGCCAACCUGGUCGUUUUAAGCCAAGAUCCACAAUUAUUUCAAUAAAAUAAUCGAAAUAAAUAUUUAUUUAUUUUUUAAAAUUGUCCAGUAGCACCUUAGGCUUAGAGACCAACUAAGUUUGUUCUGGGUAUAAGCUUUCAAACAAACAUGGUCUCUAAGGUGCUACUGGACAAUUUUUAAAAUUUAAAUUUUUAUUUUGAUUGCGUCAGACCCUCACUGCUACCUACCUGAAACAGUAAAAGCAUGUCAGCCUAGUCUGCCUUCAUGGCCUAUGGCUUCAUUUCAGGAUAAGCUAAGUAUCCUUCAUAAUAAGGAUACUUUGCAACAGAUUUUUGGAGGGAAAUGUAUUAUUUAUCUUUCACCUGUUUAUUUCCCUCCUUUCUUCCUAUAUGGAACCCAAGCUAGCAUAUAUGUGGUUCCCAGGCAGUCUCUCCAUCCAGCCACUAACCAGACCCAGACUUGUGUAGUUUCAUCAAGGUGGUGGCCUCACCUGACUUCCGACAAUUGCAGACCUGAUAUUACUCAUGUGUUGAGUGGUUUUGUUCUCGCCUCAGUGCAAUCGCAAAGCCCUGUGCCUCUUGUGUUAAUAUUUGUUCUGGGUCCACAAUUGUAAAAAGUUAUCCCUUUUGUGUGGAUAUGUUGUUACAUGGGGCACGAGAAGGCAGUAGUUAACCUCAGAACACACCAGAUCUGCAGAAUAUUUUGAGAUCAGAAUCUUAGCUCAGUAGUGACCUGAGUGUCUUUAAUGAGAGGACAUCACUUGCUUUCAAGCCGUUGAACCUGGAAAAUGCGUUGAGCAAGUAACUAUUCUUCAGCCUUAGUUUGGGGCCUUGAAAAACAGCAACACCCCUCUGCAAAAUGAACCACCCAUCUCACAGGGUUGUUAAUAAUGAGAUCACAUUACACAGCAUCUUGUAAACUGCAGAUAGAAAAGUGCUUCCUGAAAGUGCAGAGAUGACCUUAAAUAUGAAAAAGCAUCUAUUAUAUCUGCUGUUAUCAUUGUGGUUGUUGUUGUAUGUAGCAUGUGCCACAAUCACACAACACUGCCACACAACGCCAAUUCAUCCAGUCAGCAGCCUCAGCAAGGAACACUGUCCCCUCAUCAUAGCAGGGCAUGCAUCUCAGCAAAGCUUCUUGAAAGCUUACACACACCAGCUGAGGGCACUGCCAGCAUUGCUUUGCUGAGUAAUGCUGCAACAAGCGAGUAAUGCUAAGCUACAAUACAAUAAGGAAUAUUAAAAAGAUUUGAUCCAAGUUGCCGGCUACAGGGAUACGAUGAAGUAUUUUCUUUUAAAAAGAAAACCACACCUGAACAGGGACAAAAUAGCAGGUAUCAUUCCAACUUCAUAUUUUGAGCAAACUGAGUGCAGUUUCCAUAAUGGAAGACAAAUGAACACACUUAACAAUUGUGAAUUAGGCUAGUUAACAAUGCAAGGAGGGUUGGCUUAAGCAAGUCCCCACUGGAUUGCAAAUGUGUGAAAGCACUAAUAGUGGUUAUGACUUUGGUCCAGACCAUGAUAAGGUAAGGGCCACCUGGUGCCUGUUUAUGGUUUGCAGUAGACACUGUGAGAACGUAAAGGGCUUAAUUUUAGCUGUUCUAUCUCCAUGGUUAUUUCAGACACAAGGAAAUAUUUCAGGGCAUUUCCCUGUUUUGCAUUUAAUUGUCCCUUUCAUAUCAUGUCUUCCACACCUAGCAUUUCCUGAAAUGGAACGCCACUAUAUCAUUUAUAAUAAGGAUUUGUAAAAUAGCUUUGAAGGAAAAUAUUUGAAAGAGUUGCAAUACGAACUGCUAGAUAUUAGUCAUGUGUUAAGUGUUGUUGUUGUUUUUUUUAACGUGCGGAACAGGGCGAAAUCAAAAAAUGGAGGGAGAUCUUUGAGAGAAAAACUGGACAAAAUAGGAUUAAAUUUGCCAGCCGGGAGACGUAAGGCUGCUAAUGUUACCCUGCUGACAUCACUAGUGGAAGGUAAGUGAUGGCUUUGGAUUUGGCGAGGAGAAGGGCAUUCUUUGGGAAAUGUGUAUUUUUAUUGUUUGUUUUUACCACUGAACAAAACCAGAACCUUUUGGAGGCCUGUGCUGAAAUGUUUAUGGGCAUUGUUUAAUUUAAAUCAUUAUGUCUGAGGAAAAUGCUCAUUUUGACCUUUUUGCUUUGUACUUUUUCAAAAGGUGAAUUGAAGCUGUCAGCCCAGUCCAGAAUCCAUUUAUGUCUAAAUAUAAUUUGAAGCCGGCUCUGUUGAAAUCUGGGCUUAAAUCCCUGUAAUGUGGUUAGGAUCUGGGUUGCCAGGCCUCAGUGAAGCGAAUGAAACUAAGUUGGUUAUAAAUUCUGAAAGUUCAGUUUAACUGGGUUGUUCACUUGCAUUAAAAAAAGUAGGGCUGAAAAUAUUAAUUAAGCAUAAUUAAUGAAUUAAUUUAUUAAUCACUGAUUGACAUGGUGGAUUUUAAUUGGAUUUUCAUCAGUGCAGUCCCCAGUGAAAGGGGCAUGGUAGUGAUGUGUACAAUCAUUGUACACAUCUUAAUUCAGACAACAGGGACUGGGGGUUGUGAUGGUUUUAUAAACAGCAUAUGACUUAGCUGGACUUCUUAGUGUUUAUUAAUUAACUGAUUAAUUGUGCUACUAUAGAUUACUGGAUUCCAAUUCACCAGUCAGUAUGGGUAGAACUUUUUGUUUUAAAUUGAUAUGUAAAACUGCAAUCCAGUUGCAUUUAAACCUGUUUAGGUCAUUCACAUCAAUUGAAUGAAGGCUGCUCUCCAAAUAGACUUCUCUCUCAAUAUGUUAUAAAUAAAUUAACAGAUCUUAAUGACAGUACCAUCCUAUGAAUGUCUACUCAGAAGUAAAAUACAUUGAGUUCAAUGAGACAUACCGUACUCCUGGUUUGAUUGCAGCCUAAAUGUGUUUAGGAUCUGGGUGUAAAUUUGUUAAAAGCCAAAUAUGUUAACUUAAGUGCAUUGUAGGUCUGUAUGUAAUCGUCAAAUCAGGUUGAAUUCAAACAUUCCUGUUUUGCUAGUUUGUGAAUCCAGAUGACAAUCAGGCACAAAUAAUACUCAUUGCAAUACUGAGAGAAAAGUGUAUUACUGUUGAAGCCUGUGGUUCUGUUCUGUUAGUUCUGCAGAAAUGAAUGGGCCUAAAUAAGUUCAAAAUGACUCUUAAUUGUGCAAAAGCUUUGUGUGUAAAAUGAGACCCAUGCUGCUUUGCUGCUUAUAUGAGUAGAUGCUUGCAGAAAGGACAUUAUAAUGAAUUCAAAAUGUUAAUAUGUUGCAAUAAUUGUUGACCACUUCCAAUCUCAAAAAGUCCCAUCACCAGUGAAGGCCUUAUAAACGUAACAAAUAUAAAGCUGGACAGAAUACUUAUUUAUUAGAGUUUAUAUUCAACCUUUCUUCCAAAGAAGUCAAAGUGGCUUAUCUGUUUUCCCCAGCCUCAUUUUAUCUUCAGAAAAACCCUGUGAGAUCGAGCCAACCUUUCUCAAACUUAGGCCCCCAGAUAUUCUUGAGCUACAACUCCCAUCAUGCUGGCUAGGAAUGAUGGGAGUUGUAGUCUGACAACAUCUGGGGACCUGAGGUUGAGAAAGGCUGGGUAAGGUCACCCCGUGAGCUUUAUGAGUGAGAGGGAAAUUGAUCUAGGGUCUCAUUGGACCUAGUCCAGCAAUCAAACCCCUGUACCACAACAGCUCCAAUACAUAUAUCAGGGGUAGUACUAGACUACCAGUAACAUCUUGGCCUUUUAAUCUGUGGGAUGUGAUUGCUGUUCAGGAUUAAAUAGUGUAUUAAAAGCGUUCUAGCCUCUCACAUUCUAUAUGAACGGCCUACGUUGAAAGAGUACAUGGCAACGUUACGCUUUGCUAGGAAGACCCCGACUUUGCCAGUUGCUGCACCAAGACUACCACCACACCAACAAAUUCCUGCCUCAAACAAAUUUUCCAAUUUCUGUGAAGUUGGGUAGAAAAAAGAAACUUGUUUAGAAAUUAGGCCAGACCCUUCUUUGUUUUCAUUCGGCAGUUUAUUAAUGUGCUGCAUUGAUGCAGUCUAACAGGUCUAUCUGAGCAGACCAUCUUUCAGUGCAGAUCUCCAGCCUUCCCCCUUUCAUUCUCAGUUCAUCACUAGGCAGCUUUAAAUGCUAGGUGCUGCAGCCACCCGAAAAUAAGUAAGCCUCUGCUGCUUCAAACUGCAUACCAGUAAAUAAUUUAAGUUGUUCUGACAUCUGCAUUUGAGAAAUGUGUGACCAUUACUUCCUGAAUCAGUUUUGGAAUCCUUGACCUAAGUCAUGAUUUAAUGGUGUCCUGAAAGCUUCGCAGCCAGCCACUGAACUCCUCCUUUGUUCACAAUUGCUGCAUAUUAUGGGGGGAACCUUCUUUGAUAUCUUUUCCAAUUGUAAAAAGGGGGAGGAAGGACAUACUAUUCUAACAUUAAUGAGAGUGCAAGGGCUAGGAAGCUUCAUUUAGCCAAAUGCCUUAUAAUGUGGAAAGAAACAUAUUGGUCCAGCUUUAAGUGGGGUUAGUUUGCCACAGCUGUUGACACAAGGAAGUUGAUAUGGGGUUGAUACUCAUGCAACCUUUCUUCUCCAGUGUUUAAUUCUCGAGGUCUUUAACCCUGAUUUCAAUAACUGUAGAGUGUUUUUUAAGCUUUUCUGGACCCCUGGUUAGCUUUGGUUUUGCUUAGAAAUAGCCUAAUAGUUUUCUUUGCUUUGUGGCCUGCUUUAAAAAAUAUUGAACGGUUCAAAGAUGUAAAGCUGGAGUAUUUUAAGAAUGCCAGCCACAACUGAAAGAGUAUCAAGGAGAUUUUCAUUUGUCAUUUGUAACUAAAGUAUAUUUACAUGGCAUAAGUAACUGAUGCGUAACCAAGCAAAGCAAAACAAAGUUUACAAGCAGCUGAAGGGAAAAAAAGAAUUCAAUGUAUACUGAAGAAAAUAAUAAAAUGGGAAACAUGCAAAAAGAAUUGGCAGGGGCAACUGGCCACUGCUAAUGCUAUUGCGAUGUUAAGUAAUAUGUAAAAGGUUUAAUAGGAUCUAUUUGCUGACCUCAUACUUUUCUUUAUAAAGGUUUUAUAAAAAAUAACAAUUGGCUAGGGUUUGAUCCACUUAUAUUAGAGAAAAAACAAAGGAGUAAAGGCUAAUGCUCAGAUAAACUGAUAAUAGUGGGCAAUUUUUUCCCCUUUGAGAGAUAAUAUACAGUUGUUUUGGCUGUGAGUCCCUGUGCGAUGAGGCAGUUUCUAAAGUACUGUUAUUGUUUAUGAUCCGCUCCAUUUUAUGGAAACAAGCUCACUGGACUGAGGCUUUGAAGCUCUAAUUGGCGCAUGCGUUCUUCCGGACCUAAAGCUAAUGGCAGGAAGCCCUGCAGUAAAAACCAACUGGUUCAGGAAAUUAAAACCAAAGAUUUGAAAAUCAACAAAACAGACAGACUCAGCAGAAUGACCCUAAAAUUCUUAUGGUUAAUCGUUUGAAGGGAGGGGGGAAGGGAAGGGUGGAUAAUUAUAUGCGAUCAAGUUAAAUUUUAAACACUUAACUGUUUAAUGCAAUCCAUUUAGGGGAGCUCUAGAAUUAAUGGUGAUCAAUAAUCAAUAUUAAUCUCUAGUAUGUGAUAAGAAAUAAGAAGAAUUAGCAUAGUUUAAACAUAUGCUUUUGCCCAGGCAUGCAUAUAUAUUUUUUCUUCCUGUAUAUAAGGCGUGAAUGGAUCUCCUUAAGUGUACAAACACAAGCUCACUAUUCACUUUGCAGAAAAUAAGUAUUUCAGAUAAAAUUUGUGUAUUUUAAAAUAAAAUAUAUUGUGGUAUGAUUUAACACUGAAAGAGUUUAGUGCAUUAAUAAGCAGUUUAACCAAGGUGUUUAUUAAUCACAGUCCCCUCCCACAGCAAAUAUUAACAAACUUUAAUAUGAUCUGUUGCCUGUGAAGAGACAGUGUUCAGUGUUAAUGUUCAUUAUGUAAACAAUGCCCAUUGCUUGAUUUUAAAACAAGGUUUUAAAAAGCUGUGUUCUCCUAGUGCAGCUAAUGAGGAACUGAUCAUUUCCUGCAGGAAAUGCUUACAAAAUAUUCCUUGCACUGAAAUCUUACAUUUAUAACAAUCAGGUGUUUUGAUUAAUCUUACACCAGGGUUUUCAUAGUACUUUCUUUAAACCAGCUUUUUUUUUUACUUACAAAUUAUACAUUUGCAGAUUUUUUAGUAGUUUGGGGUCUUCAUUGUCUGGAGUGUAUGGUAAAAGUCCAAAGGUGCAAUUAUACACCUAGGGAAGUCAACUAGAAAGCUUCCAUUGAUUGUAAUGGAGUGGGCUAGCUGCUCAACCAUGUUAGCAAGUUCUCCUUCUCAGCCCUGCUUGAGCUUUGUGUAUUGAUUAGCUUUGUCUUCCCACUCCACCUACCCCUCAUUUCAGGAGAAGCUGUUCAUCUAGCAAGAGAUUUUGGUUAUGUCUGUGAAACAGAAUUUCCUGCCAAAGCAGUAGCUGAAUUUCUCAACCGACAACAUUCCGAUCCAAAUGAGCAAGUCACAAGAAAAAACAUGCUUCUAGCUACAAAGUAAGACAUUUACCUUUGUGGAGUAUCAAUGAGCUGUAAGGAAGGCUUUCCAUUGCUUGCUUGCUUGUUCUGAUAUUGUGUGAUUAUUAGCUUUCACAUUUAUUAAUUGUGGGCGGUAGCUUUCACCAUGCAUACAAGAUUCGCAUUGUAUAAUUAACUUUAUAAAACAUGCAUUCAUUCAAGAGUAUAUUAUUACUGUCCAAACCAAGUUGGUGUAGAUGACUGAGAAGGAUGCUUCCACCCCCCACCCUGGGAGAUUGUGAUAUCUGCAAAAUGAUGGUUAGAUCUGAGCUUAUAAAUUCAAAGAGGAAGGAUAUUCCAUUUUUUUAGCAAUGAAGUAAAAAUGGCUCAUUAAGUCUGUAAGCCUGUGCACACUUACCUUGAACAAGCCCCACUGAACACAGUGGGACUUAUUCCCAAGUAAACAUACAUAGGAUAUCAGAAUUCUGUGUUCACUUACUUGGGAGUAAAUAGGAUUGAUCUCAGUGGAACUUGAAAUACCCCAAACACGUGUAAGAUCAGACAGACUGCAUACUAGAUCUUAAGAACUGGCAACAUUUUCCUACCCUUUCCCCAGAAGUUUGUCCAUUAACUUGAAGACAUAAUUGAACCUGCAAACUGCAAAAAUGCCAGUGGGGGUUAUUUUAGCAGAAGGAUAUGUGUUUGUAAGUCUAGUGGAUAAGAAAACCAACUAGACUUCCAGGUUGAGUGGGGUGGGGGAGGAAGAGAGAGAAGCCCCGGCUGUUGUGCAUGAUGUGUUUGCUGGAAAUUAAAAGCCUUGUUUAGCACUCCUUAAUUACCGGUGGCGAUGUCACCAAAGGGCACUGCGCCAGAGGGCACCCACCAGCUGAAGUUGGAGGUACUUUAUGCCUGGGAGAUAUUUAACGCUGGCCUUUAGAGAGCCAAGUGUUUCAAUAUGCCACUUAUUUUUCUGCUGUAUUUCCCCCCCCCCCCAAAACAAUUGGCUCAGAUACUGUUCUGAAUGUGAGUUCUGCUCAAGACCCUCCAUGUUUCAACUCCAGGGAAAGUAGCUCUUACUUCUGUCAAAGGGGAAGUCCUUGGGAUGAUAAGCCUAGCAGGACCCCAUCUCUUUAAAAUCUUACUAGGGUGUAAGUGUUAUUGCAAUCUCUUCAACUUACUUCCAACAAAUAAUGGCUUUUAAAAUCACGCUAUAAGCUAACUGCUGACUUGAAUUUGGGUAUGGCAUUUUUUAAAAUGGUUGAAAGGGAUGUAUUUUGUGUGUGGGGGGGGAGGAACAUGUAGAGAGGAAGUGAAAGAGAAAUUGUGUAGUGAAGGGGUGUGCCUGUGUGGUUUCUGCUGUAUUUAGCGUGUGUAUGAAGAUGCACAUCUCUUUAUGAAAGUGAGGAGUUGUGUUAAAGGGAGAGAGACCUGUAUUGUGUGUGUGUGAGAGAGGUCUUGUGUGUCUGAAGUCAACCUGACUGCCUGCAAGCGGAGGAAUAAAUGCUAGAUAGGUUACACCUGAUAGUUGUAGGGGAGUAGGGUUGAGAUUACUUUAUUUAUUAAUAGCAUUUGUAUGGUGCUUUUGUAAGGUUUUGUGGGUGGCUCAGCAAGAUUAUUGAGACAGUGUGUUCUUGACAAUGUUGUUGUUGUUAGUUAAAGUAAACAGGAACCAAAUAUUGUUCUUAGAAGGAAAUAAAGGCACAGCCCCCUCCUUCAGGCAAACUGCCUAGGAGACUAGCAGAAACACAAAGGGAAGGUGGCCGAGAAUGUGUGUGUUGCAGACAAAAAAAGAGGUUUCUUCAGUUUAAAAAUGCAUAGAUGUGUUAGAAAGCAGAAAGGAAAAUAUUGCUCCUGGAAAAGAAAUGUGCACAUAGAGGGGUGUGUGUGUGUGUGUGUGUGUGUUUGUGUCUGCUGAUCUCUGAAGGCAUUGACUCCUUGGCUUGGCUGCUUGCUGACAAGGCUGGCUCAUUUUCCUCCUCUUCUCCUUCUCUCUGCUCCAUUUGUGCUGCAGACAGAUCUGCAAGGAGUUCACCGACCUGCUGGCUCAGGACCGAUCUCCUCUGGGGAACUCUCGGCCCACCCCCAUCCUGGAGCCGGGAAUCCAGAGCUGCCUGACCCAUUUCAACCUCAUCUCGCACGGCUUUGGCAGCCCUGCUGUGUGCGCUGCAGUCACUGCCCUGCAGAACUAUCUCACCGAGGCGCUCAAGGCCAUGGACAAAAUGUACCUCAGCAACAACCCGAACAGCCACACAGACAACAGCACCAAAAGCGGCGACAAAGAGGAGAAGCACAGAAAAUGAGGAUUUUUUUGCUUCUCCAAACCCCCCUGCCCAACCAGCCAGCCUGGCUCUCUCUGCAUUUUCCUUUCAGUCUCUCCCUCCUUCCCUCAUCAGCCCCAAGGCUACAGCAGCAGAAGCCCAGAGAUCUUCUACCCCACAUAGUAGGACUGGAAACCCACGGCCCUCCCCGCCCCCAAUCUCCUCCCUCCUUUUCUCCCUCCUGCACUUCCCAGUUCAUUCUCAGUUGCUGCCCAGUCUGGAGCCUAGGAAGAUGAACAAGGCGAUGGAGCCAGCCUAGGAUUUUUUAUUUUUUAUUUCUGGUCGACUCAGUUUGUGUGGACUUUCCAUUUUUUUUAAAAAAAAGCAAAAACAAACAAAAACGAUGAAAAAUUUAAAAAAAACAAAUAGAACUUUUUUCUAAAAAAAAAGAAAAGACAAAGUGUGAGUGAGAGAGAGAACUAAAACAAACAAUUAAUAAACAAUUAAGUAAAUGUGGAGAAAACAAAUGAGUUUCAUCGGACUGAAUCACCAUCUUCCCUUACAUAAACUUCCGUUUAAGAUUGUAGCCAUAUUUAAAAGAGAGAGAGCGAGAGAGAGACAAAAAGGAUGAUGAUGACAUUUUAUCAGUAUUGUGAAUAAACUUGAACACAAACCACAUGCAGUUCCAUGUCAUGUCUUCAGUUGUAGAACUUUUCUCCUGCCCAAGGUAAAGCGACCAAUUUGAACUUUCUUAUGGUAACACCAACCCACAGUUGUUCUAUAAGGGGAUCAGUGUUCAUGUAUGUAUAUAUUUAUUUAUGUGUAAUUUAAUGGGAAUUGUAAAUAUGGUGAGUCUGUUUGAAACUUUUUUUUUUAUUUAUCUGGUGAUCUCGUUUGCCUCUUGUUUAGUGGGUUUUUAAAUCUUUCCCCCUCCUUAGUUCCAUCACUGUGGUUCAUGGUUACUUAUUUAGAAAUCAAAAAAAAGGGAGGGGGAAGCUUUUUUGGAGGGAGGGGGUGGAAUUUUUCUGGGAUUCAUCACUUCAGCCCUGUUGUAGCAUGUUUUUUAAAAGGAAACAAUAAAGCAGCUAAACAAAUAAAAUAAUCUGGAUUUAAAAAAUAUAUAUCAUUAGUAUGACCUUUAGUUUCUAAUGGAUAAAAGCGGAAAAGGACCCCUAACCACCACCUGAAAUGAUGUUCAGUCUCCUUCAGGACAGAUUUUUUCAAGUAUUAGUAGUUUCUAACAACCCCUUAUGUGUUGUGGCUUAAAAAGAAGGAAAACAAAUAAACAAAAAGUUUAUAUCCCGUGUUCUUCUACUGAAAGCAUCAUCAGAGCAAUAAAUUGAUAUUGUCUAUUCAGAUAAAGGAUUUAGGGAUCUUCUCUCCCCCCCCCUUCAUUUUGAGUUGUUUUUUUGAUUCAAAGAACUUCCAUACAUUUGGGACCACCUGGUAUCCUCUAUUUCCACCAGCCAUAUUGGAAGCAGUUAUAGUUGUAUUGUAUUGAGUUGUGCUGGCAGUAGUUUCCAUGCCUGUCAAUGUAUCAUAGUCCUUUGUUGCCCAGAUAAAUAAAUAUUUGAUACGCUUUAUGUCGAUUUUUUUUUAUUCAGUGGCUGUCUUUACCCAGGCGUAUUUUUGUUCUUGGCAGUAUUUUUUAUUCAGUAUGGUUACAGUAAUUGAGUUUAACUCUCCCUUGACAAUUGCUCCUUGCAAUAAGCAGCUGA